CCCAAGUCUCUUCUCCUUCCUCUCUCUCUCUCUCUCUCCACUUUCUCCCUGAACCGAUCAUCGAUCCGGGAUCCGUCCUCCUUCCGACCGAGGGGAGAUGUUCGGACGAGCGCCGAAGAAGAGCAACAACACGCGGUACUACGAGGUUCUGGGAGUCUCCAAGGAUGCCUCCCAGGACGACCUGAAGAAGGCGUACCGGAAAGCCGCCAUCAAGAACCACCCGGACAAGGGGGGCGAUCCUGAGAAGUUUAAGGAGCUUGCGCAGGCAUAUGAGGUUUUGAGUGACCCUGAGAAGCGUGAGAUAUACGAUCAGUAUGGUGAAGAUGCCCUCAAGGAGGGAAUGGGAGGUGCCGGAGGUGGGCACGACCCAUUCGACAUUUUCUCGUCCUUCUUUGGUGGAAGUGGAUUUGGAGGUGGAAGCAGCCGAGGACGAAGACAGCGAAGAGGGGAGGAUGUGGUUCAUCCCUUGAAGGUGUCUCUGGAAGAUCUCUAUCUGGGGACUACAAAGAAGCUAUCUCUCUCUAGGAAUGUCUUAUGUUCCAAAUGCAGUGGGAAAGGAUCUAAGUCUGGUGCGUCUAUGACAUGUCCUGGUUGCCAAGGGACUGGUGUGAAAGUAACUAUUAGGCAAUUGGGUCCAUCCAUGAUCCAGCAGAUGCAACAACCUUGCAAUGAAUGUAAGGGCACAGGAGAGACCAUUAAUGAGAAGGAUCGCUGCCCCCAGUGCAAAGGAGAGAAGGUUGUCCCGGAAAAGAAGGUGUUGGAAGUCGUUGUUGAGAAGGGUAUGCAGAAUGGACAGAAGAUUACAUUCCCCGGUGAAGCAGAUGAAACUCCGGAUACAAUUACUGGAGACAUUGUUUUCAUCCUCCAACAAAAGGAGCAUCCUAAAUUUAAGAGAAAAGGCGAGGAUAUCUUCGUGGAGCACACCCUUUCUCUCACCGAGGCUCUAUGUGGCUUCCAGUUUGUAUUGACUCACCUGGAUGGCAGGCAGCUCCUUAUUAAGUCGAACCCUGGGGAAGUCGUCAAGCCUGAUUCUUUCAAGGCUAUUAAUGACGAGGGUAUGCCAAUGUACCAAAGGCCCUUCAUGAAGGGGAAGCUCUACAUUCACUUCACGGUGGACUUCCCAGAGUCUCUCAGCCCUGAUCAGGUCGAGGCUCUGCAGAAGGUCCUUCCGCAGAAGCCGGCGUCCCAGCUGACGGACAUGGAGCUGGACGAGUGCGAGGAGACGACAUUGCACGAUGUCAACAUCGAAGAGGAGAUGCGGAGAAAGCAACAAGCGCAGGCUGAAGCAUACGAAGAGGACGAUGAUAUGCCCAGCGGCGCUCAACGCGUGCAAUGCGCCCAGCAGUAAUGGGGUCGUAAGGUUUCAAAACGACUCCCAAAGGGCUAUACUUUCUGGGUGUAGUGGGUGAUGAAUGUUAUGACUAGAGGUACUCUGGUUCUUAUGUAGUCAAUUGGGAAUAGGGACGUGCAGCGGCUUCUGCCCCCUGCGUCUGGACUAUGUAUUGUGACAUCUUGGUGGAUCAAGUGUCAACUAUAAUUCUUA